UAUGGGCCUAUUUUGGUUAUAGGGUUGGGUCGGGUGGCAUACUCUUUCUAAUUAGGCAAUCGACCCCUUCCUUUUUUUCCCCUCUUUUACCCUAGACCGGACGCUUCGUCAUCUCUCUUUUGUUGCUGAGGAUCGAUAUUUUGUUUAAGCCCUAAAUCUCCGCUUUUGUCAUCGAAAAUUCUCCCAGUUGCUUUGUAUUUCGUUUCGUCCAGCUAAUUGAAGCUCAACAGCAGCUUCUUCGUGCACAGUGGCCGCUUCUUCAGGGGUAUCGCAGGACUUUUUCUCGGGCGAGUGACGUCAUUAUUCGUCUCCGGUCUCCCUUCCUUUGACUAGACGCUUUGUCAUCAAACAUUUUUCCCUGUUGUUGCUUUGCAUCCAUGUUUUUUAAAUCACAGUUUUGCAAUUGUGUGUGUAUAUAUAUAUUGGUGCUUUUUUCCCUUUUUUUAUUUUGAAAGUAAAUUUGGUACCUUUUUCCACGUGUCUGUCAUCUAAUUGUAUGACAUAUAUCUAUGUGAUAUUGCAAUCCCAUCACUCAACAUUUGUUUCCAAUAUUUGUUUUUUGCAGUUGUUAACUUGAAUCAGGUUAUUGAUCAACAUUUCCUUUUCCUCUUAUUUAUCCCCUUUCUAGAUUGACAGCAAAAUACUAGUCAAUACGAAUAUGACUCUGUAUCUAUGUGCAGAGCGAGAUGGUUGAUGUUCUUCCCCUGUGUGCCUCUCCCCACCCCUGCGUUGAACCUCCCCGUGCCUCUCGCUUUUGCAGCAUUGUGAGUGUUUCCUAUAAGAAGUGCAGGCACUUUUUGAGGGCCGUGGUUUCAAUCUUGAAGAUGAUUAGGUUACCCGGUUUAUGUACUUGUAGUCAACCAGUCGAUGUAGUGGGUGAUGACUGGAUUUGGUUUCUUCUUGGUUUUAUUCCUUUAUGGUGUAUAUGGCUUGUCUUUCCAAUUUGUGUGAAGGGUGCCAGUGAUAUCACCUUUAUCAGUUACUAUAUUGUUAGCACUACUGCUUAUCUGAUUCCAUGGUACUCUGUUAUGUAUUGGCAUCGCGAGAUGUCGCCUUUCCGGUUAAUUGGUGCUAAGGCGAUAUUUAUGAUCGAGGUCAUUCCUAUGAUAAUUGCAGCAGCCUUGCAUCACCUUUUGGAGUACAAUGUUGGUUAUUUCGUUAUACUACUAGGCUGCACCACAUGUGUCUAUAUCUUUGCCCACUUCAUGCACGCAGCGUAUGAUAUUGGAGACUCUGACUUUUUGCUGGGAUUAGCAAUGCUUGUUCUUGUUAACUGGCUGAAUGAAGAAAUGCUAGUUGGUGUUUUGGAGCUUCUGCCUUUGUUUAAGUUUCUACAGAUACAUGACUUAUUGUGCUCCUGAAUUACCUAUUCAUCCUAAAAAGGAGCUGGAGGAAGAGCUGCCUUGUUGAUCUGAAGGGGACAUUUCUCUUUGAUAGACAUGUAUUUGUUCUAGCUUUAUCUUGUGUCCUUAUUGUUGAACAUAAUUGUAUAUCAAUGGAUAUUAGGAAAAACAUUUAGAAACUAUUUCAAUGGCCAGCUAUUUUAUUCAUAGGA